AACGUUGACUAGAAUAUAACGAACGAUAAAACUACAAUAAAAGUUCUGUUGCUAUAACUAUGAUUAAAAAUAUGUGUAAAAUUUUGAUUUUUUUAAUGGCCCUCUCAGAGUGCCAAAUAACAGUUUAUGGAAGUGACACUAUAAAACUAUCAAAAGAUGUAGCAAAAUAUAAAGAAUCAAUGUUGAAAAGUGAAAAAUAUGAUUCUUUGCACACUUUUAUUAAUUUUUUACAAUUAGAAGUAAAGAGCUGUGUUGGGAGAAAACAAGAAUCAAUAUGGAGUUGUGUAAAAAGGAGCAGUCUAUUUAUUCUUGAUAAGUUAAAUGCUAUACCAGUGUUCCCAAUUUGGACUGGGAUAAAAUUUGUCCAGUGUUCAGUUGUUGAUAAAUGGAUUGGAAAGCAAACCUGUGUCAAAGACUUUCAAUACUCGGACUCAAGGAAUAAAACUUGGUUUGAUCAUAUGGCAGCUAAACUGAAACAAAUUUUUAAUUCGCAUGUGCUUCAGAUAAACUUAGGAAAACUCACGAACACGUACACUAAUAAUUUUGAAGCAGGUAUUACAAAUAAAUCUGAUUAUGUGGGAACUGCACGUUAUCGUCGACAUAGAUACAAUAUGAUAAUAACAAUGAUAUUUGGUGUGACCGCUCUAGGUGCAGUGCUUGUGCCAAUGGGGUUUCAGUUGCUUUCGGUUGUUAGUGGAAAAGCGUUACUCCUAGCUAAAAUGGCAUUACUUCUCGCAUCAAUUAAUGGUCUAAAAAGGGUUGCUAAUAGUGGCAUACAUUAUGGACUUUAUCAUGUACCUGGAGAACAUUUCGGAGGUUAUUAUGACCGUGGCGACAUGUACCAUCCUAGAAAUGUCAAAAAUAUUGCAACUGCACAGCGUGUAGAAGAAUUUGGAAUUCAAAAAUAAGUAUUUAACAUGUUUUUUUAAAUAAUUAGUUCUUUUAA